AUGGGCGUUUCGUCGGCGACUGUCGGUUGCCUGACCAUAUCCUCAAUUACACUAAUUCUUUCAUUAUAUGCACUCUUCAAUGUCUACUCAGACAUUCGAACCAUUUGGACUGAGCUCGACCAAGAAAUGGGAGAAUUCAAGGUUCAAACCGAUGAUUUAUGGAGCCAAAUGCUAGGCCUUGGUGCUGCUACUGUCUCAACCAGACAGAGAAGACAAGGAAAAGAUCAAUAUGGAGCUUAUGAAGCCCAAGGUGUCAAUCCUGGACCAGUUUGCAGUUGUCAGUCCGGAAACGGACAAGGCGACGACCCAAUGGGAACUGGAGGCUGUCCAGCGGGACCAGCCGGAGUUCCAGGAGCUCCAGGACCAGACGGACUCCCAGGUCUUGACGGUAUUGACGGUUACAAUGGAGAGGAUGCUGAUGAUUUCACUAAUGCUCCAUUCAACGGUUGUGUCACCUGCCCACCAGGAAAGCCUGGAGCUGCAGGAGAGAUGGGUAAACCUGGUAUGCGUGGAAUGCGUGGAGCUCGUGGACCAUCUGGUCAACCUGGAAACGACGGAAACCCAGGAAUGCCAGGAGACAUGGGACCACCAGGUGCUCCAGGAGAAGAUGGCAAGCCAGGAUCAACUGGAGAAAGAGGAGAAGAUGUUGAACAACCUAUCCCAAGAAAGGGACCACGUGGACCACCAGGAGACAUCGGAGCCCAAGGACCUGAAGGAGACGCCGGAAAGGACGGACCAGAGGGAGAAGAAGGACCAGAAGGACCAGAGGGAACCCCAGGAUUCAUGGGAGCUUCUGGACGCCCAGGAGAAGAAGGAGGCGAGGGAAUGAAAGGAAACCCAGGAAAAGAUGCUACAUACUGUCCAUGCCCAGACCGUGAGAAGAAGAAGGCAACUCACUACGCUACUGGAGCUGAUGCCCCAUCUGCCAGUUAUUCCGCUGGAACUGGAGGCUACAGUGGUGGCGUUGGCCAUGCUGCCAGCACCUAUGGCAAGAAGUAA